UGCAAUACGGAUUAUUACUCCACCACUACUAAAUUGUGUACGACUUAUUAUUAAACUGGUCAAUUAAAUUAGCGUUUUACUAAAUUUCUGAGUAUUCACUCUGUUCUAUUUUAAUUGUUCCGGUACCUACAUAAUUAUUAAAAUAUUUCUGAGAACAAACAAAAGUACAACACUGAGUUACCUCUACCGCUGCUUUUGAAUCAAAGUUCUGAAGAUUGUAUUAGAUGCAGUAAAUUUCAAUCUCAAAAUUUAAUAGACAAAUGUGUGGUUUUUGCCUAUUUAUUUUGACUGACACUAUCUGACUUUUAUCGUAAGAAAUAUGCAAGAUUCUGGCUCACAUAAUGAAACUCAAGGUGAUCAUAAUUAUGUUGCUCGUCGUACGCGUUCAACAUCCAGUGAGGACUCCAGCAUAGAAUUUAACAAUAGUGGUCGAAGGAGAGAGCGAUUUCGGCGCGGACGAGUUCGGAAUACAGAUCAUGACUAUAUAGCGAUUAGAGCAAUUAGCGAAGAUGAUAAUGGCGGCGACGUCGAAACUGAAGCUGAACCAAAUGCUGAGCAUUCCGAUGAGACGCAACCAGACAAUGAAGAGGAUAACAAUGAUAUAGAAGAUAUAGACCCAGUUAAUGGUUUGGCCGAAGCAGCACAGGAAGCGCUAGCUCGGAAUACAAACGACGACGAUGCAGUAAAUGCAGUUUCACAUGAACCAACACCAUUAGAUCCUAUGGCAGGAUCCAGCAUCGCUGUUAAUGUUGCUGUACCUAACGGAACUGGAUCAAUAGUAAAUUUAGCCACACCAUCCCCACCAAAAAAACGCAAACGUCUUACUGGAGACACUCCGAAAUCAAAUACUCCCCGUGUGAAUGCCCUCACGGGGAGCGGUGCUGACGGCGAUGAGGAAGAUGAGGGAAUGACAUGUCCUAUCUGCCUCGAUAACUGGGAAAUGUCAGGUGAACAUCGUCUAGUAUCCCUGCGCUGUGGUCAUCUCUUUGGCGACGCAUGCAUUCGCCGUUGGUUAGCAGAAAGCGCACGUCAGUCGGGUUUUAAAGCAUGUCCACAAUGUAAAACGAAAGCCACAAAUCGCGAUAUACGCUGUCUAUAUGCCAAACGUCUACGGGCCAUCGAUCGCAGUGAAGAGCAUCGACUGCGCGAUGAAUUGGAUGAGGAGCGUCGGCGCUCACAGUCACUACAAACAGAAAUAGCAGCCUUGAAAAUGACACAUAAAGUGGUAGUUAUGCAAUUACAGACUAUACAGGAUGAGAAUGAUCGCAUAAAGCGGAUGUUACGCGCUGGAGCUGGUGGCGGAAGUUUUAGUUAUGAAGCUGAAUUGGGCGAUGACAAGCAAUUGUUACGACUACAGAUGCAACGACUUUAUCUUGAGCGCACAAUCGAAAUAACUCGCGAGCCUGGCUGUCGUGUAUUAAUACAUGCCGAACGGCAUUCAUCCAUUUUGGCAUCACAGAAGAGUGCUCAAGGCCUUUUUCCUGGCUUUGGUAUUCGUUUCAUCGAUGAGCAGUCAUUUCGUACCUCAACGUUCUUGCAUGCAUCGUUGAAAUUAAUCCGCGAUAUGUGUUUAAAUUCCGAUCAGCAGCUUUUAGCUGUGGCUAGCAUGGAGACCCGAUCAAAGCUUUUCGAUUUGCGCUCCCGGCAAGUAGUUUCUAUAUUUGAACCGGGCGAGAAAGCACUUUGGGCUUGUGCAAUGAACCGCAAAGAUCGAGAAAAUGUGCUGUAUUUGGGUGGUUCCAAUGGCAGCACAUACACAUAUGACAUGCGUUUCUCAGACAACAUUUUGGAGGAAUACAAAACGGACGGAGAUCUUAGCACUGUGAUUAACGUGGCCAGCGUUUCCGUCGGCACGCAUUUCCCUUACGGUGGCUUCCUUGUCUGCAAAUUGCAAUCAAUUUGGUUUUACGAAUACGUUAAUGGUGGCGACAUGGUGAUUCCAACCCGUCUCAGUAUUGAAGGUCCCUUUAGUUCAAUGCAUUUCGAUCCCGCACAGGAAACACUUUUGGUGUCAGCUCGAUGCAGUGUACGUUAUCCCCAAUCCCGUUACAUUGUUGGACGCUUGGAGAAGGUAGACGGCACGACGGUACUCAAUGUAAAGGUAACAUUUAAUGGCUCCAAAGCGACUCCAGUGAUGACUCGUUGCACACAAGUUGCUAUAGAAGCGAAUACCCUAGUUGCCGGUUACAUGCAGGACGUCAAACAGCUAGCUUUAUUUGAUGUGCGACGGGAGCAACGGAUUCAAACACUACCAGCACAGGAAGUUAUCUAUGACAUUUGUCCAAUUCACGUUAGUAAUGGUACGUACCUGGCGGGCCUCUCUGAAACUAAAUGCCGCAUGUACAAACUUACGUCUACAAAUAAUUAGUAGGUUGUCAUAAGACUUAGUAGCAAUUUCCUUAAUUAAACUUACAACUAAUAUUCUGUUUUUAAUUAGGCUGAUGUAGGUAUAUUUUUAUCAAGUUCCAUUAAAGUUUUCUUUUCACAAAUUGGUAAACAAAAUAGCCACUUUAUUUUAAAUGAUUAUUUUGGAUUGUACUGGCAUUGUUUUUGUUAGAUGAGGGAGCAACCAAAUGAUAUUUGUGAUCAUUAAGUCUAGACAUAAGGCAGCUAAGGCAAACACUAAAAGGAUUUACAUUAAUAAAGUCUUAUAAAAUAUGGAA